AUGGCAGUGCAGCAAGAAAAGCAGAACAAUGUUACUGUCGCAAAAAAAUCUAGACUAGAGAUGAAUAUUCGACAACUUCUAAAUAAAUGUGAAUUAAUUGCCAAACAAGAACCUAUCGAUAGUAACUGCAGGCUCAAGCACUACGUAGAGUCAUUAAAUGAAAUGUUAACUGAAAUAAAAACAAGCCCAGAUAAGCCACCGAAAGAUCUUUUGGCUGAAUACUCAAAGAGAGCAGCCUUUUUAAAAGGACUUAUUCAAACGGCUUCACUAAACAGUCCUAUAGAAAAGCUAGAAGCGGUUCAGCAGCUUUCUCAUGGAGCAGCAACAAUGUCCACAGACAGUCCGGCACAAGAAAUACAUCAGAAAACUGUUGCUAAAUAUGGAGUUGAAUUGAGAUCAGAACUCUUUGGUCUUGAAGACAACAAUGACACACUGAGACAGCGUAAUAUAAUAAAAGCAGCUAAUUUCACCAGCAACAGCACAAGUCAGGAGGACAUUGAUUCUUUACUGAAAUAUCACCAGAAUAUGCAGGAGAAAGUUGCCGAAAACAUGGUCAUGCUUACAAAAAGUUUAAAGGAACAAUCUCAAAUCGCCAGCACUAUUAUUAAAGCUGACACAGAGGCUCUGAAGAAAUCCUCGGAUUUAACAGACAGGAACCUGUCCUCACUGAAGGUAGAAUCAGAUCGGCUUCAGGAACACAGUCGGAGUGCUUGGAAAUGUUGGUUGUGGAUUAUGCUUGCCGUUGUUAUGGUCAUAUUCAUCAAUAACCCCUUAAACCUACACCUGGCUCGCAAGUCCCAGGCACUGUUGAAGCUCCUCUCCCUGCAACGCGAUGGACCCGGCACCCACAAGGUGAAUCCAUUGUAUGUCAAGAGGUUUCGUCUUGUAAAAACUACUUACAUGUGUUUCGGCUACUUUACAGAAACCAUGAUCACAGGAAGACAAGAUGUGAAUGUAUCAGUACAAUAA